AUGCGAUCUUUGACAUUCCUUGCCAUCUUCACCGCGGUUCCACUAAGCCUAGGGGCCAGCAAGCCACAAAUGGGUUGGAACUCGUGGAACACAUUCAAGCAGAAUAUCAACCAGACCCUCAUAGAGGACACGGCAGCGGCAAUGGUGGAAAAGGGCCUAGCCAAGGCGGGGUACAGCUACGUCGUCAUGGAUGAGGGCUGGCAGGCUCUCGAAAGAGAUGCCGAGAGUCGGCAGCAGCAUAAUGCCACCCGCUUCCCGUCUGGUAUCUCGGCACUCGCGGAGCAUGUACAUACCCUAGGUCUCAAGAUUGGUCUUUACAGUGACUCGGGAAUCUUUGGCUGCGGCUUUACCCCUGGCUCCUGGGGCUACGAAGAGCUCGACGCCCAAACCUACGCCGUCUGGGGCAUCGACUACCUAAAGUAUGACAACUGCGGCGGCUUCCACGCGGGCACGCACACCCAGCAGGAACGCUUCCAGACAAUGUCGUCCGCCCUCCUGGCCACUGGCCGCGAUAUUCUCUACAGCCUGUGCCAGUGGGGCCACCAGUUUCCCUGGUACUGGGCGGACCAGGUCGGCGCCGCCUCGUACCGUAUGUCUGGCGACAUUCACGCGCUGUUCGCCGAGGACAAAGCCAACAUCUGCAAGACGGCGUACUGCCUCAACACUGGGUACGCCGGGGUGAGCGUGCUGACGAUGAUACGGAAGAUGAGAGAGGUCUCGCCGUUUCAGGCAAAGGAUAGGGGUAGUUGGGCGGACAUGGACAUGUUGGAGGUCGGGGUCGGGUAUAACCUCAGUGGAAAGAUGGUUUACAUGUCCGAGGUGGAGGAGCAGACGCACUUUUCGUUUUGGGCGGCGCUAAAGUCGCCUCUCAUCAUCGGUGCUGACAUCACGAAGAUCCGGGAGUCGUCGUUGAAAGUCCUACUCAAUGAAGACAUCAUCGCGAUCUCGCAGGAUGAGAGGGGCGAAGCUGUGAGUUAUUUGCCCGGGUUAUCGAAGGAGGACGAGGUGCAGGUAUGGGGAGGCUCUAUCGAGACGGGGCCGUACCGGCACGUUGUCCUCGCCUUGAACUAUGGGAAGAACACGACGAGUAUCGAGGUGCCGUGGAAGGAGGUUGAGGGGUUGGAGGAGUGUCCCGGUGGAGGGUUAAAAGUGAAGGAUGUGUGGGCUGAUGAGGACUUGGGGAUCGUCAAGGAGAAGAUCACUUUGGGAGGGGUGACGGUCGGGCAGACUAAGGUUCUCCUGCUGUCUUGCUAG